AUGGCGCCUCCCACGUCGCUGCCGUCGCAUGAGCGGGCUCGUGUUGAAGAUUAUUUGAAUGAUAAGAUCCAGGUCUCUGCUGAUCUCGAGAGUUUGGAUUCGCUACUCUCCAGUCUACGUGCGCAACAGGAGCUCCAACGGAAGCAGCUAGUAGACGCCCAUGAAGUCCUCUCGAAUGCGACCAAAGCCUCCAAUGACCAUGCCAAAGCCACUCGGGAGCGAGCCGAGGCAUUCGCCGCAGAGCAGGCCGAUAUCGACCGGCGAUUGAAAGCCAUUACGCAGUCAGAGACAAGCGAUGAAGCGGUGCGGCGACUUGAAACGAGCAUGGAGAGGCUCCGGCGGCUUGAGAUCUCCAAAGGAUAUGUGGAGCUGCUCAAGGAGGCAGAGGAAUUGAGCAAGGAUGCCCUCACAAAUAUUGCCUCUGAACCUCGAACCGCUCUGAAACCGUAUUCUCGCCUGCGCAAUAUCGUGCUGUCGUUGAAAGAGGCCCAACCUGCCGCCGAAGGAGCAGCGCCCCACCUCGUUGACUAUACGGAGAAGCUGGCGACGGCACUGAGACAGCAGAUGAAGACGUUCUUUGGCAGUCGGCUGCACAAAACCCUCGAACAGCUGAAGUGGCCGACACGCGAGUUGAACAUCACCGAUACACUACUGGCUGAAUGGAGACAGGAUGUGGAACUCCUGAUCGAUUUGCAGACGCCGGAACUUCAAAGUCGUGAUGCUUUACCUUCAGGCCAGGGCCUGGAGCCGCCGGUCCUAUUUCCAUUGGAAACCAUGGUGCAUCCGCUGGACCUCAGAUUCAAGUAUCACUUUAGUGGCGACAAGCCAACCAAUCGACUUGACAAGCCUGAGUAUUUCCUGUCCCACAUCAUGGACCUUAUCAACCAACACGGCGGGUUUUUCGCUUCAUAUCUUCAGCCGAUUCUGGACGAAAAGGCACAGCUUAUCGGGCCGAGCUUGGACUGGAACUUUUAUAAUGCAUUGCAUGCUUUCAUCACAGCAUUACUGCCGAUACUUAGGCAGAAAGUUCGUUCGUUCCUCCCUCAGAUCUCGGACUACCCUCAAUUGCUCAGCCAUUUCAUCCAUGAGUUGAUGAACUUCGACAACGAGAUUCGGGAAACCUGGAAUUACCUGCCCGAUCCUUAUGCGGAUGAUAAUUGGAAGGGUAUAACCUGGGAAGUCCUGACGAAACAGGGCUGGUACGAUCGCUGGCUUCAGGUUGAGAAGGAUUUUGCCCUGUCUCGGUACAAGGAUAUCAUCGACACUCCAGAAAGUGGACACAUUGACUAUGACGGCAUGGAACUUACAGCAACCAAGCCGACCAAAGCAGCCAUUCGCGUGAACGACCUCCUCGAAACCAUCACUGAGCGAUAUCAGCCGCUCUUGUCUUUUAGUCAGAAGCUUCGGUUCCUUAUUGACAUUCAAAUCACCAUAUUCGAUCAAUUUCAUGAGCGUCUCUACUCUGCCUUGGAGGCCUACCUCGCCAUGACUUCCACACUGGGUCGCACAGUACAGGGGGCGGACGGACAAGCCAGUGUGGAGGGUGUGGCGGGUCUUGAACGACUCUGCCGGGUCUUUGGGAGCGCCGAAUACCUGGAAAAGAAGAUGGAAGAUUGGAGUAAUGACAUCUUUUUUGUUGAGCUCUGGUCGGAGCUUCAAGAACGGAUCCAGCAGAACCGAGAGGGUGGCCGAAACGUGGCCGGGACGAUGUCCGUCGCGGAGGUGGCAUCGCGCACAUCCCCAGCUGUCUCGAAUAGCUUGGAAGUUCACAACCAAACCUCCUCCUCAGACGGCGCUCUUUUCGAUGAAACCGCAUCGGCUUACCGGCGACUACGACUACGGUCCGAAACUAUCAUCACCUCCACCAUGAGCUCCAAUACCCUAUCAGCCCUGAAGCCUUACUCUCGCGUUUCCACCUGGGCGACGUUGUCCACUCCCUCGACGGCGGGCUCCCCGCUAUCUCCGUCCUCUGACCUUUCACAUGCCAUGAGCACCUUGUCCACUCAACUCCCUUUCCUCUCUCGUGCCUUGGGAAUUGCCCCUCUUCGACGCGUCUCGCGCCAGCUGCUUCUCUCCAUCCAGACCUACAUCUGGGACAACGUCGUGAUUAAGAAUACCUUCUCUCCUACCGGAGCCGCCCAAUUAGCGAGCGACAUCGAUCACUUGUGCCAUGUGGUCGACUCUGCGCUGGGUACCGCGGGCCACGCGGGUGAUUCGCUGCGGAUCAUGAAACGACUCAACGAGGGCCUGUGUCUUCUAGGGUUGAGCGCAUCACCUCAAGAGCAAGCUGAUCUUGGGUCGGCACUCGGGUUGUGGGAUGUGGAGAAGAGGCUAUUCAAGGAUAACGAGAGUGCCCGAGAGGUCCUUGCUGAGCUGGAGAUCGAUACAUUGACCGAGACCGAGGCGCGGUUGGUGUUGGAACGGCGGGUGGAGAUCGGCAGCUAG